UCUGAUUCUGAAAGAUCGGAUUCGGAGGCAGAUGGACAGCAUGGAAAUGCGACUUUUGUUGAUUGCUCCAUUCCUAUUCUCUGCCUUUCACUCCCACCACUAUGCAGCUGCCAGCAGAGAUUGUGUGUAUCGUGCUUGAUGAGCUGCGCGACGACGAGGAGGCGCUGAGAGCAUGUGCUGUUGUGUGUACUGGGUGGACGCCGAUUGUGCAAAAGUAUCUCUGGCGGAAGCUCGAGAUAACACUGCACGUACGGACCAAGUCACAUCUACCACCUUUCAAGCCGACAGUCAGGAUAGCGCCCGACAUACGGCCUUUGUACAAAGCAUUCAAGUCGUCACCCCAUCUCGCUGGAAAUGUCAAAGAACUCGCAGUCAAGAUACACGGCGACUACUGGCGCUAUACCUCUCUUUCAACUAUCAUCUCAAACUUCAUCGUCAGCAGAAUAUCCAGGAUAUGGCACCGCUACCUGCCAUUUAUUCUUGAAAGCCUCAUUAACGUCGAACGAUUCUCUUUCACCAAUUACCUUCUACAUCCUUUACUCACCACAUGCCCUGAUACCGUCAGAGACGCGUUCAUUAGCGUACUCCGGCGGCCCGACCCUCAAUACCCUCUCAAUGCCAUUCGGCUCAGCGCUAGAGCUCUUCACAAUGCUCUGCGAAUGCCCCCACCUCUCAAGCCUCUCCGUAGGCAUGAUCACCUGCCGCAGUCACGUCGACCUUUCCCUUUACCCCCGCGUCCCCGCCCUCACACCCAACUCGCUCCUCGUAUCCUGCGGCAAGUUCUGGUACCUCCGUCUCCUCAACCGCGAGUUUCCCUUCCCAGUCGUCGAUCCACUUUGACAACCUCCACCGGAUACAGAUCCAUGUCGGCAUGUGCUACGUCGUCGGCGACGUCAGCGUGGUGAACACCACUGAGGAGGUCAUAAGGAGAAACAGAGCUACUCUUCGGCAUCUUGCGUUGAAUGUCUGCUUAAGUGAACCUCUCACGACCCUCAUUGAUCCAACCACACUCCUCUCCGUCGACUUUCAAAUCCACUCUACCUCGCGCUCAAGUCAAGAGCACCCCGCUCCCAGAUCCUGGCUUGACUGGCUCAUCACCUCCUUCCCCGUC